AGUCUGGUAGAAAGAACUGUCAUUUAGAGUGAGUGGACAGGAUGGGGAAGACGCAGAGAGAGCUGGAAAACACGAAUUAAACGUAAUGAGAAGUAUUACAAAACAACUUUUAAAGUUGCCCAUGUUGUGUUUGCAGCUUACGACGGCAUUUGUUAGUAUCUAACAGAAAAACAGCAACUUUGGCAGUACGUGUUUUUUUUUUUUUCACUGCGAUAAGAAUUACAGUCACUUUGAGGAUGUCAGCCCCCAGCAACUCGCUUCAGCAGCCGAGGGUCAGACGCAGCAAUGCGGGCUCCCCCGGCUCCUUCAACAACAACAGCUGCCGUUUGCACCCCAUCCGUGCCACUGUGCCCUACCAGCUCCUUCGUGCGGGUCAGAGCAGUCCCACGCGGCCACAGACCCUGUGCGGAGGAGCCACGAGCCACAGCCGGGGCUCCAGCCCCCCCUCCAGUCCGACACUCAGUUCAGGAAGUGCAAAUGCUAAGCAAAGACUGUCCCCCGAAAAUAAGGAGUCGUCUUGCCCCCCAGACUCUCCAGUUUCCAGAGCAGAAAGAUCCAAAUUACAGGUGAGGAAUUCAAGUGCCAUUCGACGGGCUUCUUCCUUGGACGCCAUCACAGGGCCAUACCUCACUGGCCAGUGGCCUCGGGACUCCCAUGGACCCUACCCUUCCUGUAUGAAAGACAAAGCCACACAGACUCCGGGUCUCUGGAUCGAUGAUGGAGCAGAUCAGGGAAGUCCUCACCAGCGGUCAGCCUCCUGGGGUAGCGCAGACCAUCUCAAAGAGCAGAUUGCUAAACUGAGGCUACAGCUGCAGCGUGGCAAACAGGUCAACCGGCAGAGCAAAGACAGGGAGCAGAGCUCUCUGCAGCUCCCACAACAGGCGCAGCAUGGCACUGCAUGCCAGCCACAGUAUAAGGCAACUUCAACUUCGACCACGAUGCCUGUGAUAAAAUCCCUCAUAUGCAGAGUGCCGAGCAGUGUGGAGGGCAUCAACCAUGAGCUAGAAAAUGUGUUUAUCAGAGAGGACUUGGAGCAGGGGAUACAGACAAUGGAUGUGGUAGAUGGCCGCCGUGCCCCCUUCCCUCCACAUCGUUACAGCAGCAGCGGGGACACACGUGACACAGACACACAGGCUCCUUCGAGUGGUGAAUCCAGCCCAUCGCCCCGUCCCUGCAGCUCUGAUCACCUACACUCACCUGAUGGGAGCCCCUGUUAUGCAGAGGAAAUUGACAAAGACAAUUUGUGCAGUUCUCCUCUCCCCAAGUUUGCCACGUCGCCCAAACCUAACAACAGCUACAUGUUCAAACGGGAACCUCCAGAAGGCUGCGAGAAGGUCAAAGUCUUUGAUGAGCUGGUGUCUGGCAAGUCAAAGGGCUUCCCUCUGUUCUCGUGCCCUGACAAAAACAAGGUGAACUUCAUUCCCAGGGGCUCGGCCUUCUGCCCAGUUAAACUUUUCUGCUCCUCCCUUUUCUCCCCGGUCUCUCCUUCUUGCACGUCCAUCAACCCUGGUUUCCAUGGCAACAGCAGCUCUGGAUCACAGGUCACCCCGAGUAUGCCCACGGUACCACUAGCUACCUUUUCGUCCUCCACAGACAGAAGCACCGACUCGAGUGGCGGUGUAAACUCAGACAACAGCACAGUCAGUCAGAGCCCCGACGCAGAUGUGGGGAAAGACAGCUCAGCACAAGUACUCCUUACCAGCUAGUCCUCAGGUAUCCUCGACCAAACCAACUACAGCUAAAAUAUUGCAACUAGUCAGGUAUGGUCUAACAGAAGAAAAGGAAAAAAAAUUGCACUCCGAUAAUCCUAAUGUUAGCCAGCAGGGAGUGCUCAAGGUCUAGAAAUACUUAGGAGGAUAAUGGUACCAGCGUCCUGCUGCACAAGAAUCUCUACUUGAUUCUAGUGUUAGUCCCGCUGUCAGUUAAGUCUGAUGGUUCGGGCAUUAUUGCUAACCUUGGGCAGAGCCUCUCUCUUCACCCAUCCCUAACGUAGCCUAGCCUCCUCUGUACUAUAACACUUCCCGUAACAGAAAUAGCGUUGCUUUUUAUUUUCUACAAUAGUAGAAACGACUGCUGGAAUGACUGUGUUACUUAGUGUCAGCAGUUUAAAAUUUAAAAAAAGGAAAAAAAAAAUCCAAAAGUCUCACAAAACACAGCGAUGUCAAGAAAAACAUAUUGUAUUAACAUUAUCUAACAAGCUUAUUAGCUGUUCAGUGUUCAGCAAGCUAACAUUUCAAAGUGCAUUUAUGUUUCAUAUUUUUAAGAUACCCGGAUGUCAGAAUACUUUGCCCCUUUUCCCUCCUGUUACUUAUUUGAAUGUAUUCGUAGCACACAGUCUUAAAUGAAACCAGCAGUCACUUAAGUGCAGGCUUCACCUGAGAGGCUCACCAGACGAGACUGAAACCUGCAUUCCUAGUUUGAUCCCUAAUAAAACUUGGUAAGCUAAAAUGCAAACAUCAGCUGUUUAAUCAGCAAUUAACUGACCAAUCAAAAAGCACACGGCUCCUCCGUUUCCUCGUUUUAUUGCCCCACACUACCAAGAACAAUAACUCAGGUCAUGUGGAAUGUACUCUCUCGGAUUAUGUUGCCUUUGCCCAGUGUUUGACUUUGUUCUUCAGAAAGACAUUCCAGUCUUUUGCAGAAAUGUUUCAUUAUUAUUUUUUUAGUUUCUGGAGAGAGGGAGGCUAAUACAGACUGAAUCAACUGAUUGAUGUCACACCUUGUGACGGAUGCUUUGCGCGUUAACCUGUUCAGGUUAGAAUUUCAGGUGCUAUGACACAUUCCAGAGACCGCUGUUGAAUUGAUCAACUGUGAGAACUCAUGCAAAAGGAACGAGUGACAUAAGCUAGACCCUGCGAAAGUAAGAUGCUGACAAUUAUGGCAUUUGUUUCAGCCCUUUUGAUAAAUAUGUACCAAAGGAUAUUACGAUGAGAGGCCUUUCAUGUGUUUUGGGACACAAAGUAAUAACUUAACAAACUGGGAUAAAUGGUAAACUGAUGGUUAACUAAGCUUUAGUAAGUAGUUUACUGUUAACAAACAAGGACAUGAUGACAAAUGUUUGUAGUCAUUAGUAAUAAAGCAGUUUGUCAUUAGUUUGGCCACAUUUGUGACAAAGAUGGUGAGAUAGAGCUCCAUCUAAGCCACAAUUUUAUUUCAUUUUUUUCUUUCUUGGACCUAAACAAGUAGUUUUUUGGUGCUUAAAGCUGCCCCCAAAAAUUAAAGAAGAAAAGAAGUUGUGAGAAAAGAAGCACCAAGGUCCACUACCUCUCCAUACAUGCUUUAAAGUAAAGCACAAUUUAUAUUUAUGAACAUUACCUGUACUCUAAAGUUGUACCUGGCUUUCAAAAUCAAGUCUCAUUUCAUUGUUUGCUAACAGUAAAUAUCUGUUGCCUGAAGGUUAACUGUUAGUUUACCCGUUCUUAACAAUUGCUAUCAUACAGUGUUACUGGAGCACAAAGAAGCAGGAUGUUAUUUGCAUUUCAUUUGUGUUAAUAAAGAGCUCAGCAACUACAUAAACGUAAGUGCUAAUCAUUAAAAUGGAAACAAAAUGAUAAUCACUAUUUUUAUUUUAGACCAAUUUGUAAAGUUAAAGCAAUCAGAAAAGAGUGCAAUUUCGAUUUUUGCUUGAAGUAAAGCUACACUAAGGACGAAAAAAAAAAAGUGUAACACAGUUUAUCUCAAUAUACAGAUGCAGCCAGAUGUGGCCUGAUGUUACUUUGCAAAGUUUGUAUUAUCAUAACAUAAUUUUAAAAAACAAAAAAAACAUGACUUUGGCUUUGGUCCGUUUUGCCACUCACGCACAGAAACACAAAUAAGAACAUGUGAAGCACAUUCAGCAACAAAUGCAGUUGAAGUGCUUUGCUCUGCUUGCAGCUCCAAGACUUUAAUCAUACUAAUUCUGAUUAUAUUCACAAGCACACUGUGCCGUUCAGAAAUGAUUGCCGUGUUAGGCAACGAUGAUUCAGUUCUCCCGUGUAUUACACGUUUUUAUGUAGAUCUUGUGUGUUUUUCAAUAAAGGAAAAAAGAAAGCCCCAAAAAGUCUCUUUGGAUUGAUAUACAUUAUGUUUAUCUAUGACCUGGGGGAAAAAAACCUUAUAAUUAGUAUUCAUAAGCAUGAUUUUAUAUGCAAAUAGGAGUUAAGGUAAGGCAAUUGCUGUAUUUGGUUAUGAGUGAAUAAUAAAUAUGGCAUGAAUAUGAAACAAAGCAACAAAAAAAUGUCACUGGGUUAUAACUCUGUGUUAACGUGUGAUUUGAUUAAGGCAUUUACUCAGAUAUGUAGUCAGUUUAUGCAGCAUUGUCACUAAAGUCAGAAUAAGACUGUAUUUACACGAUUCUUAAAGUUUCCUCUUUUUUGGCUCUAGAAUAAUGCACUCACGCAGCGCAUAAUGCCCGUAAAAACCAGUAACCACUAAGUAAAUACAGGAACGUGGAAAAAUGUCACAUCACUAUAAACAUGUAGUUCACUGAAUCACGUUUACUGCUUAACAUAAAAGAAGGCAUGCAACAUGCAGUAAUAAAUGACUGAUGUGUUUUAAAUCAACACACUUCUGGAUUAUACUUAAAAGGAGAUCACAUAUACUGUAUUUUGCAAACAAAUCAUCAGUCCUUACAAAAAAAGUCAAGCUUGUGUCUGAUCAAAGAAACGACUUGGAUUACAUGGAUGAAAUUCCACCUUCAGAUGUGGUGAGAAAGGAGUUUAGUUUAAAUUCUUGCACUGCUGAAUUGAUCAAUGCCAGGCAAUUAUGCUUCAGUUUGUUUAAAUAAUUCUGUUUAACUGCAUUAAAAUUCCUCCAGUCAACAUGUUCCACUGCUCUGUAAACAAACUUAUCUUUGUCAUAUUUGCCUUCUUUCAUAUUGUGCAUCUCACGCAGUAGUUUGACAUCUUCAGUAAUGAGAACUGGAAAUGAAGCAUGAAUGCUAUGAGAGAGAUUUCCAAGGCAGCUACUGUCAAAGGCGUUUUGUUCCCAACUCGUACUGAGGUAUCCCUGCUAAAAUAAUUUAAUGUUUACAUUUUUCUUUCAUGACAAAGCUGGUAAUAGUUCAUGGGGCUCUGACAGAAGCAUAAUACUGCCACCAUGAAAUAAAUCUGCUCAUUUCUGGUUACAGCCUGAUUUAAAGGGACUUGUGCUCAUCGCCACUUCCAUAUUUUUAACUUUGGACUAGCUUAGCACUCAGAGUAUUACUUAUGUAUAAUGGUCCUUGGUACAGUCCUUCAGGUCAGCUACUGUCUGGACACAAGCCAUUCAACUCUAGCUUUAAGCCAGAUUUUUCCUGAUUGGUGGCCAUUUGCAAAGAGAAGGGUUUAACAGUUGGUGAUUCAGCGCUCACAGCCAGUGCUGUGUGCCUGAGAGCCAUAUUAGGGAUAUCUCAACCUUUCUAUACACUUAUGUAGGCUUUUUGCAGGGAUAACAUAGAUCUACACACAUUCUGAGCUCAUUAUUUAAACUGGCAAUUAUUUAACAAAAUAAAACCACAAUAUUGUUGUAGUUAUUAAAAACAUUUUUAUGUUAUGGCCUUGUAGUUUGGCCUCGUAUCAACUUUUUCUCUAAAAAUAUUUUAGAUUUUCAAUUUUAAAAGAAACCUCAUCUUCCUGAAGUUAUAAUCAUACAUAUCCUAUUUUAGUUGUUCAGUUAUGACACUGGGCAUUAUGCAAGAACAUUUGUGGUGUUCUUCUAAAUCAGUCUCUAGUCGUAUUUCCUUCUAAGAUUAAGUUGAAAACACCUCUUGCGUGGCUCCAAAAUGGGCUGUCUGUCAUGCUCAUUGUGCGGAUGCCUUUUAUUUUCCAUGGAAAAACCCCAAAAGGUUGUUAGGCAAAAUAUUACUACUAUAUUUGUCAGCGGCCUGUCAUCACAGGCUAUUCAACAGUAAGUGACCGUGGACACCUUGAGUCAGCUUUUGGAGUGAGCUUUCUCAGUAAACUGAAUUUAAGAACUACGUAGUCAUAAUAUGCCGAUACAUGCAACCAGGAAACAUGGUACAUUUGCAAGUGAUGCCACAGUGAAUUAGUGAAGUUAAUUU